AUUACAAAACUUCCCAUUUUAUUUAGCUGUUUGUGAAGCGCCUGAGUUUGCACUGUUACGUGCCCAAGACACACAGCUUAUUAAGCGAACAGACCUUACUUCGCAAGGAUGAUCGUCAGCUAGUUUUGUCUUUGGCCACCAAGCGGCCAGAAUGCAUCCAGGAGGCGAUAUGCACGGCGAACCCGGGCAGGGUCUUGGGCAAAAUGCUGCCCUGCUUGGGUCCUACACGACGACGACGGAGCAGAACAACAACACCAAGGAUGGAGGAGGCGCUCCGCAAGCCCCACAGGCGGGCCCAAGGCCCCCAACACCUGCGGGAGCUCCGGAGGGGGAGCCUGGGGGCGACUCCGAGGUGACGACGACUAGUACGCGCAGCAAGCGCGAGAUGCAGCAGCAGCAGCAGGGCGGACAGCAACAGCAGCAACAGCAGCUGCCCAGUAGCAGCGGUCGCGGGCAAAAAAGAGUGCGAGACAUGGCUGAUGGCGCGGGGACAACCAGCCCGCAAAACACGCCGUGCGUUCAGGCGCCGCCCGAGCUCCAAAAUCGAUAUGCGCAGCUGAGCGAGCACUCUAUGAUGCUCGAGAUGGCGCUGAAGGAGAAGGACAACGAGCUGGCGCGUAUGAAACAGCUGGUCGCGAUGAAGCAGAACGAGCCGGCCGGGAGUGCAGGCGGGCAGCAGCCGCACAUAACUGAGCAGGAGCUCAAGCAGGCGUACUGCUCGUCGGUCCAGUCGCUUAAGGACUACCUAGUCAUCUCGAACCUGCAUAGCUAUGACAUUACAGGCAAGAACCUGCCUGAGAAGGUCACGGCGGACAUCAAGGCGCUGGUGCACACCAUCAGCAAGGUAUGCCUGCAGAUCCUCAAGCCCGAGACGCCCUUCGUGCUGGACACCAUCUCCAAGGACUACUCCAACACCACCACCACCGACUGGGAGCUGGACAAGAGCCACUGGAUCAACGUCAUCGCGCAGCUGCAGCUGUCCAACCUACAGGUGCUGUCCAUCCUGCACGCGCGCGAGCUGCACGUGGCGAAGAUGCAGAUCCUGCUGCAGGAGCGCGCCACCAUUGCGCGGCAGGCGGCGGAGCUGACGCAGGCGGCCUGCAGCACCAGCCCCGCGGGCAUGGGCGCAGAGGAGGUGUCCAACAUGUCGGUGCUUAUCCAGCACGGCUACCUGUACUUUGCACGCAACGCGCUGCUGCUGCAGCGGGUGGUGGAGAUGUUCAAGGAGUCGCUGCUGCGCGAGCAGAAGACGGUGAUGGAGCUUUUCCUCAAGGUGCUGUACCAGGUGCUCAGCCCCGUGCAGGCGGCGCUGUUCGUGGUGGAGGCCUUCCCCUACCACUGCGACGUAUUGGCGCUGUCCAACGUGCUGGCGCUGGUGUUUGGCAAGGACGGCGCCAGCGUGCCUGCCGGCGGGCCAGGCGGCGUGGGCACGGGGGCAGGCGGGCCCGUGGGCGCGGGGCCGGGCGGCAUGGGCGGCCCCGGCGGCAUGGGCGGCGGCGGCAUGGGUGGCAUGGGCGGCCCGAUGGGCGGCCUGGGCGGCGGCCAGGGCGGAAUGGGCAGCGGCGACCCACUCGACAUGAUGAUGAGCGGAAUGGGCGGCGGCGGUGGUGGCGGCGGCGGCGGCCAGGGCGGCGGCGGCGGCGGCACGCUGACGCCGCAGGACGCCAUGUUGCUUCAUCAGCAGUUCGCGUCCGGCGGCGGCCCCGGCGACAAGGUGGCCCUGCUGCAGCAGCAGCAGCAGCAACAACAACAACAGCAACAACAACAACAACAGCAGCAGCAGCAGCAGCAUGACCUCGGUCCGGCAGGCAGCCUGGGCGGAAUGGGCAGUGGCGGGAUGGGCGGGCCCGGAGGCAUGGGCGGCAUGGCCCAGGGCGGCCAGCAGCGGCUCAACCCCUUUGGCGCGGUGGUGGAGAUGGGUGGCAUGAUGGGGCCGGGAGGGCCCGGCGGCGGCAUGGACGGCCCGGGCAUGCGCGGGGCGGAGGUGGGGCCCGGCGGCAGCAUGAGCGCGGCGGCGGUGAAGCAGGAGCUGCAGAGCCUGCAGGCGGCGGCGAUGGCGCGGCAGCAGGCGGGGCAGAUGAUGGGCGGCAUGAGCGGAGGCGGCGGCGGAGGCGACAUGGGCAAGGCCGGCGGCGGGCUGGGCGGCGUGUUCGGCCAGGGCCCGCACGGCAUGUCCUCGAGCCUGAGCGGCAUGUCCAAAGGCCUGAUGGACAACGGCAUGGGGUCCGGCGGGCUCCACGGCGCCGGCGGCACCAUGUCGCCCGACCUGCUGGGCGGCGGCGGGCCCAAGGGGAUGGGCGGCAUGGGCGGCGGCGGCGGCAUGGCCGGCGGCAUGGGCGGGCUGGGCGGCCCCGGCGGCCUCGGAAACAGCAUGGGCGGCGGAGGACUCGGCGGCGGCGGCCUUGGCGGCCUAGGCGGCCCCGGCGGCCCGAUGGGCGGCGGAGGGCUCGGCGGCCAGCUGGGCAACGGCGGCCUCGGGGGGCCUGGAGGGCUGGGCGGCGGCCACGGUGGCGGCAUGUUUGGCAAGGGCGGGCCGCAGGGCGGCGGAGGGGCCACGCUCAACCUGAGCAUGUCGGGACCGGGCGGCGGCGGCGGCCUGGGGAUGGGCGGGCCGGGCGGCAUGGGUGGCGGCCCGGGCGGGCUGGGCGGCCCCGGCGACGGCAUGGGUGGCGGCGGGCUGCAGGGGCAGGGCUCGCUCCCCAUCAACGCGGUCAGCCGCUACGGCAACGGCGGCGGCGGCGGCCGGGCUGGCAGCGGCAUGCUUGACGGCGGGCAGCGCGGCCCUGCCGGCCCCGGCUUCAGCCGGUAAGCAGCGCGCUGGUACUGCUUGAGUGGCCCCGCCAGGCGAGGCCAGGCGAGGCAGGCAGGCGGACAGGCAGGCAGGCUGACAGCAGCAGCAGCAGCGGCAGCAGCAGCUGUGCGGCCUUGGCGGUCUGGGAGGGCGCAGCGCUCAUUUCGGUUGCGCUGCGCGACCCUGCGCCCUCCUCCGCCACCCUGCCUGUUGGUUGGGCGAGCCGUGCUGGGCGCCCGCGGACGCCGCCAUGCGUCACACGAGUCAAACUUGGUGCGCCCAAACAAACCUUGAUGCACGGCGCGCCCGGUGGCGGCGCCACCCGCAGCGACGACGGCGGGUGCGCGAGGCGUCUCAGCUGGGCCCACGUUCCGAGUGCUGACAUCUGUGGGUUGCGUGGGGCUGGCGGCAACGACUAUCCAUCCACGAGUAUGUCACUUGCCCAAGCGAGCUUUAGAAUCUGCGCCGGUGCCGCAUGUGCGGCGAGGCUGCGCUGAUAGUUGGGGAUGCCUUGAAAUGCGACUUUAUUUGAAGGACGGGGCCUAGGCAGCGCGCGGCGGUACCCCAGACACAAUGCAUGGGGCAGGCAGGCGGCCGGGCCCGCGGGGAUGCAUGUCGUAAUUUUAGUGAGCUUUUACCAGUUGUGUGCGUGCUAUCCGAACUGACUGCCGGGGUCACGUGCGCACGCGCGAGCCGCUGUGGCUGCACGGCUGCAGAGCGAGGCGCGUGGCGCAAGGCGCGGGCAGCAUUGGUAAAACUUGUGGGAGUAUGCGUGGGUGGACAGAGUGCGCGUGGCUGCGUGUGUGUGGGGGUGGAUCUGUUUGUGAUCAACGUAUGUGCGGUUACUUUGGUUACCGAAAGCAUCACACGGUUAACAGCGGCAGCGCAUGGGAGGGGGCCAUGUGGGCACCGGACCUGGCGCCGCUUCACGGAGGGGACGGAAUCAGCGCCAAUCUGUGGCCUAAUGCAGUAGGCGACAUCUGCCAUUCGUCGGAAUUGAUGUGGGGCAGGAGCGGAGGGAAGGCGCCAGCCCGCCCUGCAGCUCACCCCACGCUGCUUUAUCUAGGGCCCGGGUGGCAUGCACUUGCGGCGGCUGACUUUAUCUGCGCGUACUGACAUGGGAAAGGCAUCGUGGCUCGGCAGGAAGCGCGACGCGGCAGUGGCGAAGCGAUUUCGGAUGAGGCAGGUAAUUCGCGCGCAGCAAUGGCACUGCGGGAUAGCUGCCGCCGACAUUGCGUAGCGGUUGGGCAGUGGCCGCAGGGACCCAGCAACAUUGAGGCUAUCCUGGUGAUUACGAAACAUGUCACCUCUUGAUUUGCUUUUCAAGCUAGCGGAUGCUUUGGCUCAACGAUGCGUGCUUAUGCUCGCGUCCGUGUCGGCGACGCCUGUGUGCGGUAGCGAUGUUAUGGAGAUUAAUGCGGAACUUGCUCGUGGGCGCCGGGAUUGGCAGCUCGCGCACGUGUGUGUGGGGCGUGUCGCUUGCGGUUGGCGCGUGAGAGUUAAAAACUGAGCAGCCCGUGCGGGCUGUGCCCUGAGCCGUCGUACUGCAUGGCGAGCUAAGAUGAUGGUGAGGGCUUCAGGCGCUGGGCGAGUUGGGUGGCGCGUACUGUAUCAGAGGCAGCCACUGGUGCUAGCGGCUGGUAGUAGGAGUUCGCGCGGCCGCCCAAAGUAAAGUUUUGUCCAGCU